UCGCGGCGGCCGGCCGGGCCGCGCGGCGCAAUACACGUUCCUCGUGCUCUUGUGAUUAUAAAUAUAAUAAAUACAAAAUUCAAAAAAUAAAUUUAAAUACCGCGUCUAAUCGAAAAUAUUUUUAGGCUAAAUCCCCCUCACUUUUUUGACCCAAACUGUUGGCAGUGGACAAAAAGUUUUUUGCAAAAUUUUUAAUAUUUACGUCGGUUACAUUUGUAAAGAGAUUAAGCGUUUGGCCGUUAUUGAGAAUAUUUUUAUUUAAAAUUUAUUUUUCUUAACGAACGAGCGAUCUCGAGUGAGCGAUUGAUAUUUAAGUAAAUACUUAAUGUUAAGCGUUAAAUUAAUGUUAAGGACUUAGCUGUACUACCUGGGUUAAGACAUUUACUGCCAGAUAGGUUCGAACUAUACGUUAGCUUAUAAGAUAUUUGGACACUUGUGAUUUUCGGACUCUACAUUUUGUGAUAAAAUCUUCACGACCAUAUUGGACCAAAAGUUAACCCCUGAACCAACAUCGACAAGGCUACCUUCAUCUUUCCAUCUUUUAGAUAACUUCAUCGGAGGCCACGGGCAAUUUUUGAGUCGGAUAAGUGCAAAAAAUCACAUUAAUGAGCGGGCGAUGCGGCGCGAGUAGCGCGGUGGGGCCGAGCCCGCCGCCCGCGCGGCCAAUCGUGGCGCGUCUAGCUUAUGAUGUCAUCGGAGGAGGAGGCCGACUCUCACGCGCCCUACUCGGAUAGACUGCUAAAGAAACAGAAACGCGCCAGACAGCGCGUUGACGCCGGCGAGCCGCGCAAUUCUUACUCGACUCUCGCGACGAACGGACUCGCGCCCGCGCGCGCCGCACACAUGAGCGGAGGACUUUACGGCGCCAUCUUCGAGGGCCGCCAGCACUUCGGCCUCUUCGGACCCGGAUACGCUCCGGCAGAAAUGCUAAACGAACUCCUCGGGAGAGUACCGAAACAGGAAGACUCUGGCGAAGAAGCAAGCGGCGGAGACAUCGCGCAUCACGUGCUGCGCGGCAUCCUGCAGAAGACCAAGAAGGAGUUCAUUCACCUAUCCCCGGACAAUAACAAUGUGCUCGCGAAUAAUAACAACGAUGAACCAAAAGAAAAACGUUCGCCGGAAAGGCCCGUGUCUCGUGACUCUCGGCCGGACCUGGACGACGCUCUGCUAGCGCUGGAAAGCGCUGGAGACUCGCGGACUUCACCCCCGCCGACCCAGCAGUCCAACGACGGGCUCCUAGCGCCUAAGUCCGAGCCGGACGAACGUGAUAGUGACGUGCAACGCUCUUCCCCACGCCCGCUCGAUGUGAAACGUGCUCGUGUUGAGAACAUUGUGUCGACUAUGCGCUCUAGCCCUGCGCCGCAACAACCACAAGUGAACGGAUGCAAGAAAAGAAAACUCUACCACCCGCAGCAACACGACAGUGCAGCGGAGCGGUACAGCCACGGCAGCAGUGCUCAGACUGUGUCCGACGAAUCCGACGAAGACGGUGAGCGACCCCCCAUCCAACAAAAGUUAGUAGAAAAGAACGCUUUAAAAUCUCAGUUAAGAACAAUGCAAGAACAACUAGCUGAGAUGCAAGAGAAAUAUAUGCAACUGUGCAAUCGAAUGGGACAAGAAUCCGAGACGAUCGAUAACGACGGCGCUUCUAGUGAUGUUGAGCAAAUCGAAGAUCCAGUUCCUAAGUCAGAGCCAGCGUCUCCGGCUAAAGAAGUUCCGCCUACUCCGAUACCGAAUAGUGUUGCACCGAACAUGUUGUCACAAGUGAUGAGCAAGGUGAUGAGUGCGCGGAUGCACGCGCAUGCCGUGGGCCACCCGCACCUGCCGCCCGGGUUCAACGGCUCGCUGCCGCUCAUGCCGCACCUCCCCCACGGCGACCACAUGCACCCGGGUCACCCGCAUCAGCAUCUCAACAAUGCCGCGGCCAUGUACUUGAAUGUGGGUCAGAAACUAUUCCUCGAGCAACAAAUGAAAGAAGCUGCCGAACAUCAACAUCAACAAAGUCAACAACAAAGGCCACAGUCGAACCAGCACUCACCCCAACAAAGAUCGCUGGGGCAGACUCCUAAACCCCCGCUCUCGUCUGAGUUGGCUGAAAGAUUGGACGCGUUACGAAGCAACUCCUCAGUUGGAUCGGGCGCAGGCGCAGACCUGGAAGGUCUCGCGGAGGUGCUCAAAAAUGAAAUAACGGCAUCACUCGCAUCGUUAAUAGACUCAAUCGUGACCCGUUUUGUGACCCAGCGGCGAAUGUUAGGCAAGCAAUCUGAAGCGGCGGCGGCGGCAGCGGAACAGUUGAACAAGGACCUGAUUCGGGCGUCGCGGCUGCUGGAACAGAAGUCGCCGACACCGAAGCCGCCGGAGAGGCCGUCGGUGCAGAUGUCAGGUAACCAACCCGUCCACCACCCGGGCGCGCCGAACGGCGUGCCGUUCAUGUCGCACAACCCGAUGCUGAUGAGUCAGAUGAACGGUCCCCGCACGCCGAGCGCAGCAUUCCCGCUGCACGACGGCGGCGGGCCCGGACACGUUACUCACGUGCGUCCCCCGACAGGCAUGUUCCAGACGCCGCCGAAGCCGCUGGCGCCGCUGUACGGCCCCAUGAAUGGUCACUUCGAGCGCGAGCCAAACCCGGAACAGAACGAGGCGCUGAGCCUCGUCGUGACGCCGAAGAAGAAGCGGCACAAGGUGACGGACACGCGGAUCACGCCUCGGACGGUGAGCCGGAUCCUGGGCGAGGGCGUGGGCCAGUCGCCGGAGAGCAAGUUCCCGGAGUCGCCGUCGCCGCGGCCGUACCCGGGGGGGUUGUCGCUGCCGACGUCGGUGGCUAUUCCGAAUCCGUCGUUGAACGAGAACCACGUGUUCUCGCCGUAUACGGGGCCGUUUUUCGGGGCUGGGGGCGGGCUGGCGCGGUCCCCGCAGGCGCCGGAGCGGGACUCGCCGCCGCUGCCGCACGCGCCGGCGCUGCUGCACCCGGCGCUGCUGGCCGCCGCGCACCACGCCUCCCCGCAAGACUACCUGCGCCACCACCACGCGCACGUGCCGCACCACCCCCACCACACGCAGCCCAUGGACUCGCAGGACCACUCCGACUGCAACUCCACCGACCUACCCUACGACGGAGUUCAGCCUACUUCUUCCACCCUGACGCCUAUGCACCUCCGCAAGGCUAAGCUGAUGUUCUUCUGGGUCCGGUAUCCGAGCUCUGCGGUCCUCAAGAUGUACUUCCCUGACAUCAAGUUCAACAAGAACAACACGGCACAACUCGUCAAAUGGUUCUCCAACUUUAGAGAGUUCUACUACAUUCAGAUGGAGAAGUACGCGCGGCAAGCCAUCAGCGAGGGUCUGAAGGCUGCCGAGGACAUCCACGUAGCCGGGGACUCCGAACUCUACAGGGUGCUCAACCUGCACUACAACAGGAAUAACCACAUUGAGGUGCCACCAAACUUCAGAUAUGUGGUCGAGCAGACCCUGCGCGAGUUCUACCGCGCCAUACAGGGCGGCAAGGACUCGGAGCAGAGCUGGAAGAAGUCCAUCUACAAGGUGAUCUCGCGGCUCGAUGACCCCGUGCCCGAGUACUUCAAGUCGCCCAACUUCCUCGAACAACUCGAGUGAGCGCACGACGCGACGCACACAACUUUCGGCAUUUAAAACAUUGGACGAUUGUUUCGCACACCAAAAUUUUACGACACUCGCAUUUAGGCCUUCAGAUUCAAAAUUAUUGAUAAAAAAAGUUAAAUUAUUAAAAAAAGUUUUGAAUUUGUACGUUGGACGUCGAGGGGCGCGACCCACCGGCCGCGCCUGCGCUCUCCUAGGAAAUUCAUUAGGUUAUACGAGUAAGAGAAAAUUUAAGUCACCUAGAAUUUUAUUUCUGCACAUAAUAUAUUUCGCUAUAUAUAAUUAUUAUUAUAUUAUUAUUAAGUAUCGUAAAUGGUUUUUAUAGUUGUGUAUAUCUUAAAAUCAUUUAUUGAUUUAUUCUUUAAGGAAAAAACGAUUAAUAUAUUAACUGCUUAAGUUUUGAACA